AUGGCGAGCGACGAAGGAGAUCUCUUAUCAAAGAGCCUUGAAUAUGCGGUCGAAAGGGAAGGAGAGAGCUCUGCUCUGUGCAUCACCCUGUUACUAGGUCUCAACUGUGAGGAGGAUUAUCGAGUGAAAGCAGCGUCCGUCAGGGCUCUAGGGGUCUUUGUACUCUACCCAUGCCUUAGACAGGAUGUAUUGUUUGUAGCUGACACUGCUAAUGCCAUCUUGAGUUCUCUUCAAGACUCAUCUGUUAAUGUGAGAAUGAGAGCUACAUGGUCUCUUGGCAAUCUCAGUGAUGCUCUGCUUAUUAACCUAGAAUCCGAGGAUGAUGCUUUUGUAUCCCAAUUCUCAGACUUGUUGCUCCAAAAACUGUUUGAAGCAGCGAUACAGGCAGCAGGUGAUCAUGAUAAAGUCAAGUCGAAUGCAGUGAGAGGCCUAGGCAUGCUAGUACGCUUCAUGCAACCUCAUACAUUAGCUAAAUCCAGUUUUCAGACUCUCAUAGAGAAAGCUGUGAUGGCUCUGCUCAAGAACAUCAAUGGAGGUGCUGUCAAGGUGCGAUGGAAUGCAUGCUAUGCUCUGGGGAACAUGUUCCGUAACCCUAACCUUGGCCUUGGGACGGCACCGUGGGGGUCAGAGGUCUACAGGUCACUCAUUAAGGUCAUCACAGAGUGUAAGAACUUCAAGGUGCGGAUCAAUGGUGCCCUAGCGCUCUCCAUCCCAUCCAAGAGACUUGAUUACGGUUCCAUCGAUCAGUUCACCAGGGUGUGGUCCUGUCUGGUCCAAGCCACGGCGGUCAUCGGUCAGGUGUCAGAGAUAUCUGAGCUGAAGUACAGAGAUACACUUCGAGAUCAGUUAUGUCAAACCAUAAUCCAUCUUGCCCUGCUGGUUGAUGGAGAUGACCUUUCCGACCUUAAUCCCAUCUUGCAAGGCAACGUGGACAUGAUGCAGUCCAACAUCCAGAAGUUUUCAUCUACGAGCAGUACAGCCUCCACUGGACAGAAGCCACAUGGGAACGAUGUUGCUCCAGUCAGGGAACAUCUCAGCACGCUGGAAGACAUCCAAGGUCUGGAGCCCGGAGCCAGAGAAGCUUUGGAGAUGCUGCAACAGGUCUUUGUUGCCAUGACGACCGAGGUGAUGCUGGAUGACACCGAUCCCCAGAGCAUGAGUUCGGGAGGAGGGAUUCCACUGGAUUGAAACCCUGUUUACAUUGCCAUCUUAAUUGGUUCUCUCUGUCUCCAAAACUAAUUUUGCAAGAUGUGUUUCCUCUGAUGGGCACUUUUACAUUUGAUGUGACCCUGUUUAUAGUUGAAAUACUACUCUUUGCACUAGGGAUCUGGAUUAGCAUUUGAGGGUCUGUAAAUCAUGGGCUCCGUGUUGAAAGUAUUACAUUUUAUAGGUCCAGAAUUAGAAUUUGAGGGGGUAGGGGGAGGCUCACAGUAAUGUUACAUAUUCAUUAUUCAUGGAAAAUAGUCAACCAUGUUUAGUCCAAACACAUAGUUCAACACUUUACAUUCUUGGAUGGGAUUUGCCACUACGGCACAGAAGGAUUUAAAAAGUGCAAGGACUUAUGGGUUAUGUAUAUCGAAUGCAAGAUUAAAAUGACUGUGUAUGUCUCUGAAAGGCUUAGGAAUAUGGAUUACGUUCCUGAUGAGCUUAACUUCAUAGGACAGUGUUUUGAUAUAUGUCUCAUGUGCAGUACUUAAAACAAUAACAACUAUUCCCCAAUCCCUCUCUCUCUCUCUCUUUCUCUCUCUCUCUCUCUCUCUCCCUCUCUCUCUCUUUAUUCAGUAGUAUUGUUGCUACUCUCUAUUCUGUUGCUACUCCUUGUACUGUUUUAUUGUUAAAAUGAAGGUAAAGAUGGAUUAACAUUGUGAUUUUAAAUUUGAAUUAAUUCUUGGGUUAAGGAACCCUCUCUCACUUGCUCCCUCUCUCCCUCUCUCUCUCUCUCUCUCUCUCUCUCUCUCUCUCUCUCUCUCCUUGUGCUAUCGAAGACUUCUCAUUCUUUCAUUUAUUACAUGUCUGUUGAGACUACAAUAAUGAUUUACAUGCAAUGAUGUGAGAACUUUCUUUCUUAGUAAGGGAACAGCUGCUAUGCAAUGGUGACAUUUUUGUUCCAUGCAUUUGCGCUUUAUAUGUGUCUGCGCCUAGAAGAGCAAGCCACACAACAUCAAUAUGUAAGUUGCGAUGAUGAUGAUACUUAUACUGUUUUCGAAACAAAAUAAUAAGCAUUCAUUAUGUGGAAACCAAAAUUUUAUGUAUUCCUUAUUCUUUUGUGUUAUUCCAUUUUUCCAUUCAACUAUACUGUAAAAAGAGAAAGUUUGUGUGAAGUGCGGAAAGCAGUAUUUUAAUUCAUUCAUUUUAUAGCAUGGGUAUCUGGAAAGCCUCUGGUUGUGUACUAUUUAAAUUAUCUAUCAGAGGGUUGUAGAUUUGUGUCUUAAGUUUAAGGGAAUGUGAAAGACUAAGCUCUGAAAUUUAAAAGAAGUGACCAAAUGAUUCUUUGCCACUAUGCAUGUACUUAACAUGUCAAACACAGAGCCUGAGAUAAAUUGGGCUGAGGUCUUUGGGAAAUGUGUGUUAUAUUAAAUUAAAAACAUAUCUUAAGGGUAAAUGGUGUAAAGCAAUGUUAUUUCAGGAUCCUAAUGUGAGCAUGUCGAAUUUAUGAUCUUCUUCUUCCGUCCAGUGUGUUAGCUUUGAUGUGUGUUAUUUUUGAGGUAAAAUUUCUUUAGUUGAUGUGGCAAAGUGUAAACAAACAAAUUGCUUGAAACUCUGCUAUACUGUUAUGAAUAUGCAAAUUAUUGGAUUGGAAUAUGUUAAUUCCAAGGGAAUAUCUAAAUUCCAAGGGAAUAUGUUAAUUCCAAGAGAUGACGUGUUGUUAGAUGAUCAAGCUAAUAAACCACAAAUCAAAGGUAACAAAUCGUCCGAUUUCGUCUUGAUUUUCGAAUGUAUUAAUUUAAUUCUAAGUUGUUGUAGGGGAAUAUGUAAUCUAAUUGAUACUAAUACAUCUAGACAAUUAAUUUGUAAAUUUCUAAAAUCUAGUAAAAAUAUUGACCACCAGUACACAGGAUCUCAAAAUGAACUGACUUAUGCAAUAAUGCCUUUGUCAUACUUCAGUCAUCACCCUUGUGAAAAGCGGGGGCUGUCAAAUUUAGGUCCAAAUUCUGAAGUUCAAGUCCAUUAACUAAACUGAAUAUAUAUUUCAAUUACUCUUCUCAGUACGUGGAUUCCGAUUUAUCAUCAGCAAAGGAUGCAUUUAAUUAGGUUUUGUUUAAAUUUGUUGGUAUAAGAACGUUAUUUGUCAUAAUUCAGAAAUGUGACGUUAGUUUCUGUAGAAUAUCUAAGUACAUCCUCCAAGAGGUGUAUAAUGUCAAUAGAUUUUCAUAACCUAUUUAGUUGAAGAGUGCUGCAGAUUUUCUUUAUUAUAAAUUGAAUUUAUCAAACGAAUAAAAUAAACGUGACUGUAUUAUUA